AUGCCAAAUCGCGAUUUCGAGAGUAUUGUGUUCUUCACAAAUCUAUAUUUGUUAAGGAUGUCGACAGUGUCCAGCUUUGAUUUGUUCUUGUAUGUUGGUGGUUACUGGUCAGGGGAGGGAUUAUAUUAUGGUGGAGAGGCUGAAAUGGUAGGAAAGAUAAAUUCAGAGGCUGCUGAUGAUGAUCAUACUGUGGAGCAAGAAGAUGAAGAAGAGCAGCAUGAUAGUAGUGGUGAAAGUGAUUUGGCCGCUGUUGUAGCACAAGUAGAUGAGAGUAAGUGUAAAAGUUUUAGGUUGGGGCAAGAAUACAGCACGAUUGAAGCUUUUAAGAGGGCUAUUACUCAGUAUGCAGCAAGGAAGAGGAGAGACCUUAGUUAUCACAAGUCAGAUAGUAAACGUGUAGUUGUAAUAUGCUCAGACAAGAAGUGUCCAUGGAGGAUCUCUGCAUCUAUCAACAGCAGCAGUAUUAGAGUGGUUGUUAGGGCUUUCAACAAUGAGCAUAACUGCACUUGGCAAGGAGAAGCGGCCUAUGAUGACUUGAAGAUAUCUAUUUAUUGUCCAUGGUCAAGAGCAAAGGCUUUGUUGGACGAGCAGAUCCACAAAACGAAGGACUGUAUCCCUCUAAUAGACAAGUUAAGGAGUUGCUACGCUAAUCCAUUGAAGGCAGUUGGAGGCAUGAACAUGUGGGAACGCACUGGUUCGCAUGUAAAUCCUCCUCCAUAUAAGAAGCCUCCUGGUAGACCUCCAAGAAAGAAAAGAAAGAGAGAAGCCGGUGAAGCAAGACCAGGAAUGAUUUCCAAGAAAGGAACUAAAAUUCAUUGCGGCCUUUGUGGACAAGAAGGACAUAACAGGCUAUAUUGUAAGAGUCUACCUGUUGAUAAGCCACCAAAGCAACCAAAAGGGAGGCCAAGGCUUCAUCCAGUUGCAUCAGCAUCAUCUUCUCAAAUGCCAGUUAUAUCCGCAUCAUCUUCUCAAGCACCGGACGAAUCAACAGGACUUGUUGCACAAAGCCAGCCGAUGGAAGAUCUUCCAAGCAUUUCAGAUGCUCUCACAAGAAGGGGUCGGGGAAGGCCUCGCAAAAGCCAGUUUUCUGGUGCUUCAUCCUCUCAACCAAACCCUACUACUCGGCAAGAACCUAUCUAUGACAAUGGCCCAGUAAAUAUUCCGAGGGAAGGUGUUGGUCUCUUUACAAGCUUAACUGGUGAUGACUAA